GGAAGGAGCUGAGGAUGGAGAGCAGGGAGGACAAAUCCCCGCGGCAGAACCUCAUGGCAGAGGCCGUUUUGAGCGGCUCCACAGCGCAGGAAUCCAGCGGGGAGGAAAAGCCCUGGAGAUCCCGCACGAGGAGGGGCUGCAAACGCAGAUCACAGGAAUUUGAGGAGGAAAAACCCGCCCUGGGCCGGGGAGGUGGCCAGAGUUCAGAGCUGGGGGUCCAUGAGCAGCUCCAGGAUGGGGAGAAGCCCCACAAGUGCUCGAAAUGUGGGAAGAGCUUCAAGUUCAGAUACAUGCUGAUCCACCACGUGAGAAUCCACACUGGGGAGCAGCCCUACGAGUGUGAUAAAUGCAUGAAGAGGUUUCCGACCAGCUUCUGUCUUCUCAGGCAUCAGCAGAGUCACACAGAGGAGAGGCCCUUCCGCUGCCCCGAUUGUGCAAAGGCCUUCAGGCUCAAGUCUAUCCUCGUCACCCACCAGCGCAUCCACACCGGGGAGAGGCCCUACGAGUGUCCCGAGUGUGGGAAGAGCUUCACCCAGAGCUCCAUCCUGACUGCCCACCUGAGGACCCACACGGGGGAACGGCCCUACGAGUGUGCAGAGUGUGGGAAGGGCUUCAGGACGAGAUCUGAACUGACCAUCCACCAGAGAAAUCACACCGGGGAACGGCCUUUUGAGUGUGCGGAAUGUGGGAAGAGCUACCAGAGGAAGUGCCACCUGACCCGCCACAUGGUAAUUCACACAGGGUGGGAAUGUCCCUACAAGGGCAGACAGUGUGGGCAGGGCUUCCAGACGAGCUGCCACCUGACCCGCCACAUGGGAAAUCAUACAGGGAAACGGUCCUACGAGUGUGGGGAGUGUGGGAAGAGCUUGAGGUGCAGGUCUGAACUGAUUGUCCACCAGAGGAGCCACACCGGGGAACGGCCCUUUGAGUGUGGGGAGUGUGGCAAGAGCUUCAUGUCAAAGUCCCACCUGACCUACCACCAGAAGAGCCACACUGGGGAGAGGCCCUACAAGUGCGAUAAAUGCUGGAAGACGUUUCCAGUCAGCUCCAGUCUCAUUCUGCACCAGCAGCUUCACACGGAUGAGAGGCCCUUCCGCUGCCCCGAGUGCGGGAAGGGCUUCACCCGCAACUGCAAUCUCAUCACACACCGGCGCAGCCACACCAGGGAGAGGCCCUACGAGUGUCCCGAGUGUGGGAAGAGCUUCUCGCAGAGCUCCGUCUUGGCCAGACACCAACAGAGCCACCACUAAGGGAAGCUCUGUGAAUGCCCCGAGUGCAAGGAAGAGCUUUGUGCGCUGCUCCAGCUCCAUCCCCCACGGGAGGAUCCACGCUGGAUGAUCCCCAGUGACCCCCAGUGAUCCGUGUUGGGAAGACACCUGCCUGGGGGGCUCCACAUCCUCCUGGCUCCCCAUCGGCACCUGAACUCAUCCACAGACCAGCAUCAGAAAUCCAUUUCGUAGAGCUGAUUUCUCGACUUCCGACCCCAGAAAAAUCUCUCUUUUUGCAUCUUUUGAUAUC